UCACUUUGGGGGCAACCUAUUGAAAUCUGGCAAAAGAGAAUGGUAGAAUGGGGGAGAGGUUCUUCUAUUUUUGAUACAGAGCCCGAAAUGAUUGUUUGCCUCCAAAGAAGCUUGGAUGCCUUACAUAGAGAAAAGACUAUCAUCAAAGAAUGUUUUGUAGACCUUGCUUCAUUUCCUGAAGACCAAAUAAUCCCUGCUGCUGCCCUCAUUGAUAUGUGGAAAGAAUUAUAUGGACUAGAUGAAGAGUUUUGGUCCAUUGCAAACCUCCAGAAGCUCACCAUCCACGGACUUGCCAAUAUUGUCUCAAGGAAGGAGGAGAUGGAGGAGGAUGGCUAUUACAGUGAUCUCUUUUUUACCCUGCAUCAUAUGCUUAGAGGGCUCGCAAUCCACGAGGCUAGUGAGGACACAACAGAACAGAGAAAUAGUCUGAUUAUAGACAUACAUGGAGACAAUCUUCCUAGCUGGUGGACAGAACAGAAGUAUCAGCCUAAGAAUGCUCGUCUACUAUCUGUCUCAACUGGUUGA